AUGUCAGACGUCGAGUGGCGGGUCCGCACGCGCGGGUCUCGAGUGCGGGGCGCGCGUGCAGUCAUGUGCGACCGGCGCGAGCGUGACCGCGCGCGACUCGCGGAGGGGGGUUGGCGACGGGGUUGGCGACGGGGUUGGCGGCGGGGUUGGCGGCGGGGUUGGCGACGGAGGGCGAAGGGCCUGUGUGCGAAGGGAGGUGGUGGGCAGGAUGGCAGAUGGGGGAUAUAUUUUUAUUACACAGUGAAGGUGAAGCUGGCGAUGGUGGCCUUGUUCCCGAGGUCGGAGACGCCGGAGCGCGUGAGGAUGACGUUCCCGAAGAGGGAGACGCGGAGGUUCCAGUUCGUCUCCCCGCGCCGGCAGUUGUUGAAGUGCGUGAGAACGGCCGUGUACUUGCCCUUCUCGAGUUCGUUGCCCAGGCGGUACAGAACGGCCUCCUUCCCCGCGGGGAGGAGCACGCACCCGGCGACGUUGUUAUCGUUGUUCAGCUUGCCCACCUCGCUGUUAGGGUUCCCCUUGGCCAGAAUGUCGCCGUCCGGCUCGAUCACGCUCAGGUCCAGGUCGUCAGCCGAGUCCCAGAAUAGCUCCACCAGGAGCUGCGGGUUGCGCGUUGUGAACGACACACAGCUCCUCUUGCGGGUGCUCUUCACCGUGGUGCGGACGAACCCGUCAUCACCCAGCAGGUCGUACUCCGUGAUCGGGAGCACGACACAUAGAUCCUCGAGGUAG